ACUCCAUCUGCCAGCAGGCGGCCCGCGAGGAGGAGGACACGCAGGCCUGCCACUGCGCCGUGACCCUGCCCGUGUAGUAACCAAGGUACCGUCAUGAUGGAGACUGUGCAGAAGCUGAUCCCGCUGGCCAGGGAGAUGGUGACCCAGAGGAGCAGCCGCAAGUUGGUGAGGCUAUACAUGCUGGGCAGCGUGCUGGCACUGGUGGGUGUCCUGCUUGGACUGGUGGACUCCGUGUGCAGCCCCUUCUCUGCCACCAGCCGCCUGUGCCAACGAGAAGCUGCCUUGUCUGAGCUCAGGGCUGCGUGCCAGCCCCCAGCCUCACAGACUCUCGCCAAGACCCCGCCGGAGAACAGCCUGGUCAGCAGAGCCCUGGCCCACCGACAACAUGCAUCCUAGGACCAGGCAGGGCUGUUAGCAGGCAGCAGAGUGGAUCCCCAGACAUUCUGGUUUUGGGGACUCACCUUGGGGGUCCAGCGAAGGGCAUAAUCACAAGCUGCCAUUCCUCUGAUGCUCUGCAAAGAAGACCCCCAGAAUCAUUCAGACCAUCUAGAAUCAUCCAGAACCAUCAAAAACCACGCAGAACCUCCCAUGCCCAUGCAGACACCACUUGGCAGGAAAGCAGGAAGAGAAACACUUUUUAUACUAUUAUUAUUGUUAUUAUUAUUAUUGUUGUUGUUGCCGCCAAGACCAUCAUUUUGCACUUUGAAAUAAAAAUGUUUUUUUACCUGCUCCCGAA